UCCAGUUUGAGGCAGUAGUGUGGUCCAGUCGCUCUCUGUGCUUAAGUUGGAGGUGCUUUGCAACAUUCCAGAAGAAAAUCCAGAUUAGAGGUUUGCCUGUUAAUCUGCUUGCGUAACCUCUUCUGGUGUUUUGAGGAGCACAGGAAGCAGGUGGGGCGCCGAUGUGUGCAGAGAGAGCCUGUCUGUCCCGAGAUGUCGAUUCAGAGGGAGUGUAAAGGCGCCGCGGCUUUGCUUCUGCUGCUCCUCGCGUGCACGCCGAGUGAGGGCGGGAAGAUUUUGAUCGUGCCCUUGGAAGGGAGCCACUGGGUAAACAUGGAGCUCAUGAUCAAAGCGCUGCAUGCUCGAGGGCACUCGGUGGAUGUGGUGCGGACCAACCAGAGCUGGUACAUCAAAAACGACUCUCCUCACUACGGCGCGGUCACGGUUCCCCUCCGGGAAUUUUUCGACCAGGAUUUCGUCAAACCCAUCCUGAAGAAGAUCUUUGAAAUCGAGAGGGGAGAGAGCUCCUUCGCCACGUUUGUGAGUUUACAGUUUGAAAUGUUCAACAUCAUGUACCAUAUCCACCGCAUGGUAGCCAACAUGGCGGCCACCAUGAUGACGGACGAAGGCUUGAUGGCUGAACUGAGAGAGAGGCGCUAUGAUCUGAUGCUCACCGAUCCUGCCUGGGGGGCUGGGAUCCUCCUGGCCCAUGCUCUGGAGUUACCGCUUGUCUUCAAUGUACGUUGGAUUACAAGCGGAGAGGGGCAUCUGGUCGUCGCCCCUUCCCCUCUGUCCUACAUCCCCCUCACCGGCUCCGGACUCACAGACAAAAUGACUUUCACCGAGCGAGUCAAAAACGCCUUGUUCUAUCUCAUCUGGGUCGCACAGGACUUCUUCCUGAUCAACCCGCACUACCAAGCCGUUUGUGAUAAAUUCUUCAGUCCCAGCGUCCAAUUCAAGCACCUGAUGCAAGGGGCGGAUCUGUGGCUCAUGAGGGUGGACUUUGUUUUCGAGUUUCCCCGGCCGACUAUGCCAAACAUGAUCUACAUCGGGGGGUUCCAGUGCAAACCCGCUGAACCUCUGCCUGACGAUUUGGAGGCCUUUGUCCAAAGUUCCGGAGAUGAUGGCGUCAUUCUGAUGUCACUUGGGACUUUUGUCGAGGAACUUCCAAUCGAAGUUUCGACUAAAAUAGCUGAAGCUUUUGCACAGUUGCCCCAUAAGAUCAUCUGGAAGCACAAUGGCGUCAGACCGACAACUCUGGGGAACAACACUCUGCUGGUGGACUGGAUGCCCCAGAAAGACCUGUUGGGACAUCCCAAAGUGAAACUGUUUGUAGCUCACGGAGGGACAAAUGGAGUCCAAGAGGCUAUCUAUCACGGGGUGCCCGUCGUGGGGAUACCCUUGUUUUACGACCAGUAUGACAACUUGGUGCGUCUGAAAGUAAGAGGCGCCGCGAAGAUCGUGGAGUUAGAAUUCAUCGAGAAGGAGAACCACUUCUUAAACGCCAUCCGAGACGUCCUCGACGACCCGACCUACACGGAGAACAUGCGUCUUCUCUCCAGGCUGCACAGAGAUCAGCCGAUUAAACCGCUGGAUCACGCCACCUUCUGGGUGGAGUUCGUCAUGAGACACAAAGGCGCCGCUCACCUGCGAACCGAGUCAUACAAACUGCCGUGGCUCUCCUACUACUGUCUGGACCUGCUGCUGGCCUUCCUGACCACAGUCGCCGCCGCUGUUCUUCCUUUGAUGCUGAUCUUCAGAAGAACAUGUAUGCGAACAGGUGCACAAAAGAAGCCAAACAAAAGAUGAUGCUGCUUUGUCUUUUUCAAUUCCAAUCACGCUUGUUAGCAUUAGCAUUGCUGAUUUAUAAGUGAAGCCAAGUGCUUUUUGUUGUGUGAGUUUGGUGAGUCUGACACCAAAGGAUCCUUAAAGCUCCCUGCUGACACCAAGUGGCCAAAAUACCUUGACAUGUACCGUCUCUGUAUGAAGUUUAUACGCACGCUAGCAUUGUUAGCACAGCAAUAACUCAUGAACCGGGUUAGCAUCCUUUUUUAGAUUCUUAUUUUGUGAAUCAUAGCUUUACUGUAGUGAGCUUUAAUUUGAUAUUUUUGUGAUUGUGUUUCAGGUUAGCAAAAUGUUUCAUCACGUUGUUCUGUCUUCACAAUGAUUAUUCAGAAGUUUUGGGCUGAUUAAGUACAAAAAUGUUGCAUGGAAUUGUUUAAAAUUUACAAGGCAAAGCUUUUGAAACACAAACCAGUUUGACCGUCCUCAGAUAAAAUGAUGGGUUUUGGGACGCACAUUAGCUUUGGUGUGAAUGCGCACCGCUCCUCCAUCUGGUGGUGGAGCUAACAGAAGAUAAGGUCCGAUAAAACAGUCCUGUAUUCUGCACACACACUGGUGACAUUCAACAUGGGAGGGAUCCCAACUGGAGAGCCGUCCUGCACCCUUCCCAAACAAAAUGGCUGACUGUUUCUCUUCCUAAAUCCAUUGUCUCGAAUAGAGCCCAAAAUGUCUGACCGAAAAACGAGGACUUCUCAGUCUAACUUCAGAAUCAUUCAGUUGCUCUCUGUGAAGUCCACAAGCCAACGGCCCGAGACGCUUUGAGUGACAUAACCCGCUUCCGCUUUUCAUCAGGGAACAUGCUGAGGAAAAUGAGUUAAUGAUUGCAGUGAAGAAGUUUCUCCUGUUAAUUAAACACCAGCAA